GUUAAUAUUUUUUUGAACUCGGUGUAAUGUAUGACACCUAAAUGUAGAGCAAAACAAAAUAUACUUAAAACGUGAAUGCAAUAAGACAUGUUUAUUUAAGCUUGUAAUUAUAUUAAUAAUAAGAAUCGAUGAAGUAUUUUGGUACAGAAUAUUCUCAGGGCUCGAAAAUUUGUUAAUUGUUCUUAACCGGUGCGUUACUAAUUUUAACAGCUGCUUCAGCCUUCAGCAGCAGCACCAAUUAUUCAGAAGUCGCGCAUGUGCGGCUCACGCCUCUCUCUACCUGUCCGCAUAAAUCGAGAGGCUUCGGUUUAUAUUAAAAAAAUCAUCUUUUGUCUUAGUUUUUGCUUCUAAACGAGUUUAUUACUUAAUAACGUUUCAAGAUCUUCAAGUGCGAUUCCUGUGCAAGGAAUAAAUACUCAUUUUACUACGUCAAAUCGUUUUUUUUUGCUUAUAUACGUAUACAUAUAAGGACGUAAAAUAUAAUAAAUCAUGGCAGAGACCGAGUACGUUAUGAACUCGCAUGACGACAACGGCGUGAUGAUACAUUCCGAGUGUACGAGCAUCGGGAACAUCGCUGUUGACCAGGCCGGCCAAAGUGGCAGGAAGUGGUACAGAAAAGCUGCACACAGAAUUUUUGUCAACAGGAGUUUGCAUUUAGAAAAUAUCAAGUUCUAUGGCUUCGAUAUGGAUUACACUUUGGCUGAAUACAAGUCGCCUCAGUAUGAACGGCUUGGAUUCAACCUGGUCAAGGAAAGGCUUGUGGAUAUGGGGUAUCCAGCUGAAAUUUUAGAAUUUGAAUAUGAUCCCUCUUUCCCAGUGAGAGGUCUUUGGUUUGAUGCUCAAUAUGGAAACCUCCUAAAAGUUGAUGCUUAUGGAAAUAUAUUAGUUUGUGUACAUGGAUUUCAGUUUUUGAAACAUUCUCAGGUUUAUGAAUUAUAUCCUAACAAAUUUCUUCAGUUGGACGAAUCGAGGGUAUAUGUAUUAAAUACACUUUUCAAUCUCCCCGAAACAUAUCUUCUUGCCUGUUUAGUUGACUUUUUCACAAAUUCUCCUCAAUACUCUUGUAAGGAUAAGACAGGAGUUACUUGUGGAGACCUAUUUAUGUCUUUUAAAUCAAUAUUUCAAGAUGUGAGAAGUGCUGUUGAUUGGAUUCACUUGCAGGGUGAUUUAAAAUCCAUGACAAUAAAGAAUCUUGAUGAAUAUGUCAAGAAGGAUGAGCGGCUGCCAAUGUUUUUGACAAGGAUCAGAGAAAGUGGUGCAAAGGUUUUCCUCCUCACAAACAGCGACUAUCUAUUCACUGACAAGAUAAUGACUUACUUAUUUGACUUCCCUCAUGGUGCAAGGCCUGAUGAGCCCCACAGAAAUUGGAAAACCUACUUUGAUAUAAUUGUUGUCGAUGCAAGGAAACCACUAUUUUUUGGUGAAGGCACUCUUAUGAGGCAAGUUAAUACAGAAACUGGUUCUCUCAAGAUUGGCUCACACACAGGUCCUUUGCAAAAGGAACAAGUUUAUUCUGGAGGUUCUUGUGAUGUAUUCACAAAGUUGAUAGGAGCGAAAGGAAAAGAUGUGUUGUACAUUGGUGAUCAUAUUUUUGGUGACAUUCUUAAAUCAAAGAAAAUAAGGGGAUGGAGGACAUUCCUCAUUGUGCCUGAGCUUGUUCAGGAGCUGCAUGUUUGGACAGACAAGUGCCAGCUCUUUACUGAACUCCAGGCUCUUGAUGUCAUGCUUGGGGAGAUGUAUAAGAAUUUAGACUCGAGCACAAAAGAAAAACCGGACAUAUCGAAGCUGAGGACCGGCAUAAGGGAGGUGACGCAUAAGAUGGAUUUGUCUUAUGGCAUGAUGGGCAGCCUUUUCAGGUCGGGUUCUAGGCAGACUUUCUUCUCCUCACAAGUUGUCCGCUACGCUGACCUUUAUGCUGCUACAUUUAUCAAUCUCAUCUAUUACCCUUUUAGCUACAUGUUUAGAGCUCCUGCUAUGCUGAUGCCACACGAAUCUACUGUUGCCCACGAACAGAGGUUUGUCAUGGACAGUCCCAUGAUUUCCAGGUCUAGAACCUACUCUAUCUUCGAAGACGAAAAAACCCCCACACGAGACAAUAAAUCAUUAGAUAGGAGCAACAGCCAAGUUCCACAUGCUCGUCCAGUCACACCUCGUUCCGUCACCCACAAUCACGAUGAGGAUUACAGUGAUGAAGAAAGUGAUCGUAACUCAGGAGAGGAGAAGCAGAAUUAGAACUGAAUUACAAGCUCGAAGUAGCACAAUUUCCGCGAAAAUAUAGCGUACUAGGCUAAGAAAAUAAGAAUAAGUAUGUACAAGUUGUGAUGAUAACCAAUUUUUGUACAGUUUUUACAUUUGUUCUCAUUCAUUUUUGUAUAGUUAGCCAUUGCUACUUUGACAAAUUUUAUUUGUAUGUUGUAUUUUAUUAUAAUUACUUUUGUUGUUGUUUUUAAUCUUUAAUUCGUUCAAUCUACAUUCCUUUGUAUUGAUGUUAUUCCCACAGUUUUACCGAUAUGAUAUAAUUGUGUCAUAGCUUGAUUGAUUCUUUGAAAAAUUUACUGUUUAAAAAAAUUUACUGCAAAGCCAAUAAAUUUAGCAAUUGUGAUUGGAAAUUAAGUAUUUUGUAUAUAUGAUUUCUGCUCAAAGUACAAUAAAAUUUUAUAGCUGUA